CAGGCACCUACUUACUCCUAAGUUAACACUGGGCAGCCGGUGUAUAGAAAGAUACCCAACGUUUCGCCCGUGCCAGGAUCAGUCUCUGGACCCUUAGUAUGUUAGCUGACGACGAUAUCAAGCCAGGAACAUCCGCAAGAAAUCUCAAAAGCGGUAAAUACGAUUAUCCCACAAUCUAAAAUUAACAGAACGAUAUACACGGAAGAAAUACGCAUGUAAAUUGAUAGACUAAAUAGUUAACAACACAAUUCUUGACAUAUUUGCAUAAAAUAGAAAACGAUCUCACGUAGUAUUCCUUUCUCCAUGCCGAUGGAAAACAUCCCACGUACGUAUAAAGAUUGCGAAGAGGCGGGACCAGGAGCUGUGAAAUGAUCCUUGCAACCACAAAUAGGUAAGUACACAUCUGAUGCAACCUGAGAAGCCAACAUUACACAUCUGGAUGCUGUGCUCUGAACCAGAAGCCUCGGGUAUAUAAGUGGAGUCCCGCUUCCCUCGUUCUCUGUUACGACAAAUCUAGCUUGACGUAACAGACCAUCUGAGAGGUUGUAAGGAUAGUGCUGGCUCCAGUGACUUGAAAAAUCCAUCAUGAGGGUUCCAGUACUGCUCGUGUUUGGGCUUAUGUUAGCCAGCGUGGAAGGGAAGGAGAAGAUUGACCAGUGUAAGUCGUGUUCGGUGGUGCGGUGUGCCGGGGGACCAGAGACAAUGAAGUGCACUUAUGGUAUCGUCAAGGACUGGUGUGGCUGCUGCUACACCUGUGGCCUCGGUCCAGGGAGUCCGUGUGGCCGCGAUGUCGGGGUUUGUGGCACUGGCCUGGUGUGCCGUAAUGGUACCUGUGUCCUCAGCCGUAUUAGGCAGGGCUAGUCUGCAGCCACAGUUGGAAACCACUUGCUGAUUGUGGUAGUAGUCGUCAGUCUAACUGAAACCAGCGUCAUCACUCACACCUGCUGAUUAUGGUAACAGACACAAGCCACCUACUUUCUGCAGUCAGUCAUGACCCACACGUUGACUGUAGUAAGAGUUUAGCUUCAGUCAGUCUCACUGGUGACUGUGGCCACCAACCACAACCAGCACCAACUAACCGCCUUCUUGAACAUUGUUUGAGUAGAACACUUAACCUUUGUACUUUCUUAAUGAAAUAAACUUUAAUCUGGAGCUUAAA